ACAAUGAAACACCUACUUUCUCUCUACCCAAACAGAGCCUAAGAACGGCAUUAUCACAAAUUACCAGUAGAAGAAGGAGAAGGGAAAGAUAUAGAAACGGACGGAAGGGUGAUCGAUCGAAGUUUCCUUACGGUUGUAACUCUAUCGAUCUGAGUGCUCUUGUCCUCGAUUAUCAUUCUAUUUCGAUUGGUAACUGGAUUCCCCACGAUACAUAAUCUUCGAACAUCAUCUUCAUCUGGUAAUGCGACCCUUCCUGUAAGGAUGCCGAGGCAGGUUUUACUUGUUUUCUUCUUGUUGUUGGUUGCAUUCACUUCCCAGUUUCAGUGGAGGCAACGGAUUGUUAAUGAAGUUGAAGCUAGCCCGAGAAUUUUGAAAGCUGGGAAGCGAAUUUCAGAGAGAGAAGAAUCUGUCAAAGAAAAGAUUAUCCUCUCACAAAAAAAGAGUAUUGAAAAACUUAAUGAGCUUGUAAGGAUUCUUCAAGAACAAUUGCUACAGUGCAAGGAGAAAACUGAAGCUGUGAACAGUAUUGCCUCUUUGACUGAUCUUCUGAAUGAACUCGAGCAGCAAGAAAUCCUGGACGGCUAGUUUGGGAUCAUAUAUUUAUCCUUGUAUAUGUGAGUCAGAGAAUCAUGUUUGUGUCCAAACAGUAUAGCUCCACUUUGGUGAUAUGUCCAUGCUGUUUGAACUACAUCAUAUGUUAGCAUGAAGUGGAAGAGUAACGAGUUCAUUUUGUUCUUCUACUCUUCACUGUCUGACAAGUUUCCCAUCUUGUACAGUAACUAAUAUGUCUGCUCUACAACUCUUUAUAUUGUUGAAUAUAAAACAUAAGUCUUUCAAAUUUCCAAUACGUAACCCCACCC